GGACAACUGUCACGUGACCCGGUGACGGGAAGGCAGGGAGAUUGCAUCCAACAUGGCGGCGUUGGGCCUGGCAUCCUUCCCCUGAAGGAACCCACUUGUCGUCUCGUCGAUAAAGAGCAGCGGGGAGUUUGCCGUCAGCGCGUCUUUGAGGGUCCUCGGGAUGGCUCAGUGUGUGCAGAGCGUCCAGGAGUUCAUCCAGGACACCUUCGUGCCUAUGGUGGCCGUGUUGUGCAGCGAGGCCGCCGAGAGCUCGACACGGAAAAACAACCUGAGCUUCGCCGAGAUGGUCAGGCCUUUCUGCCGCCUCACCUCCGAAGUUCAUAUGCGAGAUCCUAACAACCAGAGCCAUGUUAUUAAAAACCUGAGGAUCAACGUUACUGGAAUUGUUACCCAGCCGCCACAACAGACUGCUAUUCGGAAACUGUUAAGUGAAGUGGUUUCUGCCAGUCAACCUGCAGAAGGAUUGGUUGCUAAUGUGAUUACAGCAGGAGAUUAUGAUCUCAACAUCAGUGAUCGCUCAGUUAAAGCUAGUGUUCCAUGGUACAAUAAUUGGAAAGACACUUUGAUGCAUCUGAGUUCGUCCAAGUUCCAUGCAGCUACCACUCCCUGGUUUGAGGCCUACAGAGAAAGCUUCUUUCAAUCCAUGUCUCCAUCCGACCACGAGUUUCUACAUCACUAUUUGGCUUGCAUGCUUGUGGCCUCAUCGAGGGACUCUGACCCAGUGGACCAGUUUUUGAAGUUAUCACAAGAGCAACAUCGUAUUCAACAUAGCAGUGACUAUUCCUUCCCGAAGUGGUUCAUUCCAAAUACACUAAAAUAUUAUGUUUUAUUACACGAUGUCAGUGAAGGAGAGGAACAAAGAGCGGAAUCUGUUUAUGAAGAAAUGAAACAGAGAUAUGGGUCACAGGGGUGCUAUUUGCUGAAAUUUAACUCACGGCUGCCAUCAAGCGGAACAGAUGAGCAGAUCCCUGACCCUUGGAGUCACUACUUGAAUCGAAAUAAUUUGCAAAACCAGGAAAUCUGUGAAGAUGGCUUCGUUCCGCUUGUCAACAAGAAUAAAGAAAACAGUACCAAUGCACUAGAACUGGAUGGAUUGGACAGUUCAAUCAAUGAUCGAAUUCCAAACGACUUUAAAUCCCAUCUAUUUCAAGAGGAUGGUUUUGUGAAGUCAGGGGGACUUGAUGGCCCUAACCGACCAAAGCCUGAGAUGGUGAAUGAUUCAAUCAAACAAAACACCUCAACUGCUCAUGGACUCAGUUUAACACUGACUGAUCAUGAUCGAAUUAGACAGUUCAUUCAGGAGUUCACAUUUCGUGGAUUACUGCCACACAUUGAAAAGACUAUCCGGCAACUGAAUGAUCAGCUUGUAUCCAGAAAAGGUCUCAGUCGCUCUUUGUUCACUGCUACAAAAAAAUGGUUCAGUGGGAGUAAGGUGCCAGAGAAAACCUUAAAUGAGCUUAAAAAUGCCAGCAGUAUAUUGUAUCCACCGGAAGCUCCAGAGCUGCAGAUAAGAAAAAUGGCUGAUCUCUGUUUCCUGGUUCAGCAUUAUGACCUGGCUUACAGCUGCUACCAUACAGCAAAGAAAGAUUUCCUCAACGAUCAAGCAAUGCUGUAUGCUGCAGGGGCAUUGGAAAUGGCAGCAGCAUCGGUUUUUCUUCAGUCGGGAGCACAGAGGCAGUAUCCCAGCCAUUACAUGGAGACAGCUAUUCAGACGUACAAGGAUCUCUGCAAGAAUUUGGUACUUGCUGAAAGGUGUACUUUGCUAAGUGCUGAAAUUUUAAAAAGUCAAGCCAAAUAUUCUGAGGCUGCAACUCUGCUUAUCCGGAUGACAAGUGAGGAUUCAGACCUCCGAAGUGCUCUCUUACUGGAACAAGCUGCCCAUUGCUUCAUCAACAUGCGGACUCCUAUGGUACGCAAGUUUGCUUUUCAUAUGAUUCUGGCUGGGCACCGGUUUGCUAAAGCAGAUCAGCGAAAGCAUGCCUUGCGGUGUUACAGCCAAGCCAUGCAAGUUUACAAAGGCAAGGGAUGGAGUCUGGCAGAGGAUCAUAUUAACUUCACAAUUGGACGCCAGUCCUUUACCUUGCGACAGCUUGAUAAUGCAGUGUCAGCCUUCAGGCAUAUUUUGAUCAAUGACAGUAAGCAGACAGCUGCUCAGCAGGAAGCUUUCCUUAGGGAGUACCUGUAUGUUUACAAGAGUGUGAACCAGUUGUCACCUGAUGGACCUUUACCCCAGCUUCCUCUACCCUAUAUUAACAGCUCAGCAACUCGGGUAUUUUUUGGACAUGACAGGCGGCCUUCUGAAGGAGAAAAGCAAGCGGCCACCCAUGUGAGUUUAGAUCAGGAAUAUGAGCGUGAAGCCUCACAGCAGUGGAAGGAGCUUGAGGAGCAGGUGGUAGCCGUGGUGAAUAAAGGAGCAGUACCACUCAAUUUUCAGCCAACUCAGUACUGCCUAAACACCCAGACAGACAACCUGCGAUUUCCUGUGGCUGUAGUGGAAGAACCAGUCACAGUUGAAGUUGUGUUCAAAAAUCCAUUGAAGGUUCCUCUGCUGUUAAAAGAUCUCUCGCUGUUGUGGAAGUUUAAUUUUAGAGAUUUUAAUAGAAGUCCAGAGGAAGAUGCAAAGCAAUCAAUUAGCAAUGAAAAAGCUGCUGAUCUCAAGACAUCCCCUGGUAUUGCCACAGAGGUAAUAAGUGAAUUUCAAAUAAAUGGUGAAGAGACUAAAGUGGCAAGAUUAAAACUGCUUCCUCAUCAGACAGGAGAGUUGCGCAUUCUUGGUGUUGUAUAUAAUCUUAGCACUGUACAGUCAUCUCCUACACAAGAUGGAAUGGACUACAGUCCUGGAAUGCAGAUAGGAGGCAGUUACCUCAAUGCCAGCAGCCUCCGCCUGGGAAAGUCUGGAAGCAAACAGCAGGCUCCUUACAGCCUCCAUCAGUCCAGCCCUUCAGAUCAACUAGAAUACUUCCAAGGACUAAGCUGGACAGAAGGCGAGGCACCUCAUGGAUUAUCGGUAAGAGGACGGCAAGAUUUGGAAAUCCAGGGACCUAGGCUCAAUAGCACUAAAGAGGAGAAAACAUCUGUUAAGUAUGGAUCGGAUCGACGGCUAGACCCCAUCAUCACAGAAGCAAUGCCUUUAUUGGAGGUGUUCUUCAUAAACUUUCCUACGGGACUACUUUGUGGAGAAAUAAGAAAAACGUAUGUGGAAUUUGUGAAUGUAAGCAAGUGCCCUCUUACUGGAUUGAAAGUUGUGUGCAAAGAUCCAGAUUUCUUUUCCUUUGGGAGCAAAACCGCUGUGUUGACACCACUUAGUCCGACGGCUUCUGAAAACUGUAGCGCCUACAAGACAGUUGUGAUCGACUGCGCGUGCACGUCUUCUGCUGUGACAUCAUCCGUUUCCCCUACGGACUUUGGAAUGGACACAGGAAAUCCACUUUGGGUAACACAUGUGCCACUUCCUGACUCUGUGUUGUUGCCCGGGGCUUCUGUGCAGCUCCCUAUGUGGUUACGUGGACCAGAUGAAGAGGGAGUUCAUGAAAUAAACUUUUUAUUUUAUUAUGAAAGUACAAAACCACACUCGAAGCUGAGUCAUCGAGUGCUAAGACACACAGCGAUAAUAUGCACCAGCCGUUCUCUAAGUGUGAAAGCGACAGCAUGUAGAAGUAAUGUCCUGGAGGCUGAAGGGAAGAGUGACAGCGAUAAUCUGUUGGUGUUUUUGGAUGUAGCAAAUAUUAAUACGAGCGAAGCAGGUGUGAGGGAAUUCCACAUAAUCCAGGUGUCCAGUGGUAGUGAACAUUGGAAGUUGCAAAGAUGCAUUAAUCCCACUGAAGAUAAAGAUGCAAAACUUGGCAGUCGGGAGAGGGCAAAACUCUGCUUUCGCGCAAUAAGGUGUCAGAAUUCAGAAGCUACCUCAUGUAUAGAAGGAAAGUAUAUAUUUGCAGAUAUCGUUCUGGGGACUGAACAAAUUAUCAGUGCAACCACUCCAUGUGCAGACUUUUUCUUUCAAAGUUGCUAUGCUGCACGAUCUCGGAAGAUGAUACCACAUACAACGCCAGGCCCGGGGAGACCAAAAACUACUGAUCUUGCCAAAUUGGUGCAGAUGUGCAGUGAGGUGGAUCUCAAUGUAAUAGUACUAUGGAAGGCAUAUGUUGUUGAAGACAAUAAGCAGCUUAUAUUGGAAGGCCAGCUUCAUGUUGCUCUGGAGUCAAUUGGAAAAGAAGCCAGUUCUUUGCCUCAAGUACAGGAAGCACAGGAAAUGGGUCUGUUGAAAUUUGUGCGACCUGAACAGCCACAUCUGCCUGCAAGACCGAGCAUGGAACAGCUCUCCCAUCUUAUUAAGAUCAGCCUGCAUUACCCUGAAUACUAUGACCAUCCAUUUCAUCAAAAGAGUUUAUGUAUAGUACCUGUUACUCUUGUUCUUUUCAACUGCUGCCAGAUUGAAGUGGAUGUUAUCAUUGAUUUACGACACAAGGCCACAAGUCCAGAAAUGUUGGAGAUCCAUGGUUCAUUCACCUGGCUUGGGCAGACUCAAUACAAAAUUCAGCUGAAGGGUCAGGAGGUUUACACAGUUCCACUGAAGGCUUGUUUUGUUCACGCUGGUGUUUAUAAUCUUGGGACACCCAGAGUCUUUGCCAGGCUUGCUGACCAGAAUGUGCAGUGCGAAACCAGCCAACAGAACUCAACACCAGCCUUGAUAAUUAUCAACAAUAUGUGAGGAACGGGCAGAACCAAACAUCCCGAUCACCAUCAGUCUUGGAAAGAAUCGUAUACUGAUUGCUUUCUUUUGUAGCUAUUGUUGAAAUUUCCUGCAGUUGUACCCUGCACCCACAAAAAAUACAGAACUAAUAUCACAAAAUUGUACAGAAUAAAUGGGAGGGAAGGGGUGGGGGGUGGUUGGUAGGUGGAGGAAAUGAAAACUAAACCAGACCUAAAAUUAUUUUGUCUUUCACAAUAAAAGGAAUUCUGAACUUGGAUGUGCAUAUGUAAGAUGAUUUUUGAAUAUAUUUAUCAUUCAUCCCUGCUUAUAAUUAGACCUUUUUUAAUGCGAACAUUGAAUAUAGAUGUGCAGUUUUGGGCCAUCUGUUAAUAAUGCAGUUUAAAACUGCUUUUCCAUCAAUUGUUUGAAUAUCUGCAGUUGUCCGAGAGGAUGUCUCUUGUAAUUUUGGCUUUUUCUUCAGCCUUCAUUUCUUUCUCGCUAAAUCAAAAGACCGGUGAUCACUAACUGUGUAGUUUGUGGGAAAACCGCAUUAAUGCAUGAGCUAACUCCUCAUUUGGUAACUGUGCAAAAGCAAAUCAUUCAUGUUCACCGUUUUAAGGUGUAAAAUUAACCAUUGCUUAUACAUCUUAUUCCUCUGCCCUGUUGUUUUACAUACUCAUUUGUUUCCUCAAUAUUAUCUCAGGUUUGAAAGAUAAAGCUGAAUAAUGAAGCAGACCUAUUCGAUCUGUCUUUUUGGUUUGAUUGAAUUCAAGCCCAAGUUUCUUUCACAGCCACAGGGUUUUGAGUUGGACCCAGUUAGCUACAUUAUGAUGGAACUUUGCAAAUGUAAUGUUAUUUAAUGUAUCAACAGAAUUAAAAUGAACACAAAUGUCUUUUCAAGAAAUGAUGUAUUAUAUUUAUAGCUAAUGUCUGUAAAUAGAAUAAAACAUAACACAUAUAUAAUUGAGUUUGUUUCUGACUGUCACAUGGAAAAGUAAUUUUUAAAAACAUUUAUUCUUGGUGUAGGUAUCGCUGGCUGGGAAAGCAUUUGUUGCCCUUGAGAGGAUUGUAGUGAAUUGCCUUCUUGAACCACCCCCUAUGCUAUAGAUGGCACUCCUUCCCCAGCAGUAUUUUGGGGGCUAAGAUUUUGAUUCAGCAACACUGAAGAAACAGUGAUAUAUUUCCAAGUUGGGAAAUCCAAAUGCCUUGGAUGAGAACUCCCAGAUUGCUAGCGGUGUUCCUAUGUAUCAGGUGUUCUUGAUAUUGGCUUUGAGGUUGGAAAGUAUUAUUUGCCAUGCUUUGAAUUUCUGUGGCAUAUCUUGCGGAAAGCGCACACAGCUGCUACUGAGCAUUGGUGGAGCUUGUGGAUGUGGCUUAUUCUGGAAUGUUUCUAACUGCUUGAGUUUUAUUUCGAGCUGCACUCGUUCUGGCAAGAGGCAAGUAAGCCGUUACACUCCUGACUUGUGUCUUUAUAGGCUUUGGGGAGUCAGGAGGCAAGUUACUCACUACAAAAUUCCUAGCCUCUAACAUGCUGGUAUUUGUAUGGCUAAUUGAAUAUCUGGUUGGCGCUAAUCCCAGGAUGAUGUUGAUGGGGCAUUGAGUGAAGAUUGUGUAAGGGUCAUGGUGAGAUGGUCAUUGGCUGGCACUUGUCAGUCCAAAUGUGGAUAUUGUCCAGAUCUUGUUGCAUUUGGACAUGCACUGUUUCAGUUUGAGUGCAGUUGUCAGCAAACAUCCCCACAUCUGACCUUGUGAUGCAGGGAAGGUCAGUGAUGAAGCAGCUGAAGAUGGUUGGGCUGAGGACACUGCCCUGAGGAACUUCUGCAGAGAUGUGCUGGAGCUGAGAUGACUGACCUUGAACAACCACAGCCCAUUUUCCUAUGUGCCAGGUAGGGGAUUCCAGCCUGUGGAGAGUUUUCUCCAACUCCCCUUGAUUUCAGUUUUGCUACAUUUCUUUGCCAAAUCUAGUGAAAUGCAGCCUUGAUGUCAAGGGCUAUAACUCUUGCCUUACCUCUGGAAUUCACGUUUUUCCCAUGUUUGAAGCAACGUUGGAUAUGAGGUAGUUAAGUGGCCCUGGUAGAAUCCAAACUCAGUGUUGCUGAGCAGAUGCUACUUGAUAACACCAUUAACAACACCUCUCAUCACUUCUUGAUUUGAGAGUAGACUGGUGCAGUAAUUGGCUAGGUUGGAUUUGUUUGUCCUGCUUUGUGUUUACAGGACAUGAGCAGUUCUCCAUGUGGUCACAUAGAUGCCAGUGUUGUAACUGUAUUGGAACAGUUUGGCUAUAUCUGCCCCAAGCUCUUGAGUACAAGCCUUCAGUACUGCUGGAAUGUUGUCAGGUCCCAUAGACUUUUUAGUGUGCAGUGCCACUAGCCAUUCCUUGAUAUCACUUGGAGUGAGUUGAAAGUGACUGCAGGAUGGAUCUAUGAUGCUGGGGACUCUGGAAGGGCCCAAGCUGGAUCAUCAGCUUGACACUUCUGGCUGAAGAUUGGAGUGAAUGCUUUGGCCUUAACUUUUGCAUUGAUGUGCAGGGAUCCCCCAAUGUUGAGGAUGGGGAUAUUUUUGGUGCCUCCUCCACUGAGUUUUUAAAUGUGCCAUUCACAUGCUAAAGCUUAGAUCUGGUCUAGUUGUGGGAUCACUGGCUCUGUCCAGCAUUUACUACUUGCCUGCCAAACUGUAUUAACAGCAUUAAUUUGUUGCUUUACAAGGUUGACUCCUCAUUGUCAUGUAUAUCUGGUGCAGCUCCUAUCACGCUGUCCUGCAGUUGUCCUCGAACCAGGGUUAAUCCCCAUGCUGGGGAUGUGCCAUGCCCAGAUGUUAGAUUGUUAAAGUACUAUGCUGCUGCUGAUGGCCUCAGGGAUACCCAGUCUUGAGCUGCUAGAUCUGUCUGAAGUUUCAGCUAUUUAGAAUGGUGUUUGUACCACACAGCCAUGGAGGGUAUUCUUGGUUAUGAAGACAGGACUGUGUGGUGGUCAUUAUUCCAUGGAGAUAAUGCAACAAUUGGUGAGGAUGUGGUCAAGUUGUAUUUUUAUUUUAUUAUAAUUCCUUUAAUUACCAACAUUUUUAUGUAUAUGCUGCUCAAUCUUAAACAUUGAAUAAUGUUACUGAAAUAACAUUGCCGUAAGCUUUUUUAAAUUAUGGAAUUAAAGUAAUGGGUAACAUGCUAAAAGCUGUUGUCCAGUGGUGAACAUAA